GGUUGCUCGCCGUGUAGGGAGGGGGAGCUGCGGGACAUGCGGGACAUUUAGCGUCAUUCCGAUCAGCUGUGUGCGGGAGAGGAGGACUCUGCUGCAGAAUUAGACAACAGACAUGGGCCGUCUCCUGAUCCACCACCUCUGCUUCCUGCUGCUCUGUCAGUGUCCUGCAGUCAGUGGCCUGUUUGAGUGGAUGAAGCGGACAGAGGCACCUCCGGCAGCUCCUCCACCUUCUCCAGCAGCAGCAGCAGUCCCGGCACUUCUCGCGAAGGAUGCUCAGUUUGAGAUGGUUACUGCCGAUGAGAAGUUUUUGGCCGAGGCAAAUCACAUGGAGAUCAGCCCGUUGGACAGCUGCCAUUACAGGGUGGUUGCCCGUCUGAAGGCGAGCUGUCAGAGCCUCUCAGAGGAGCAGCUUGCCAAGCUCGGUGUCGUUCUGUUCAACUGCCAGGCGGAGAGCGAAGGCCGCCAGACCUUCCCGUGCACUGAGGAAAUGUCUAUAAAGGAGUGUACAGCAGACAUGGAUUCAGACACGUGGAACGCUUACCACAUCGUGAGCAACAGAGCUCGCUCCGUUUGCUACGCGACCCGCCAGCAGCUCUUCCGGCGGAGAGCUGAGCACACAGUUAACACUCUGAUCUCCACGGCCACAAGCCAGCUGGAUGCAAUGAAGGACCUGAAGGCAGGCCAGCUGGAGCUGAAGGAACUGACUGCAGCCUCCUUGGAGAAGGUGCUGGACGGUCACAGCGCUCUGCAGGCCCAACAGGGGAAACUGUACGAGGGCCAGGAGCACAUGGAGAGUUCACUGAGGGACAACCUGCAGCGUCUCAGCCAGGAGAAAGCCCUCAUCGCCUCCGGACAGGAGCUGGUGGCACAGCUCAUUCAGGGCAUCACAGAGAAAAUGGAGAAUGUGAGUGAGAAUCUGCAGAUCCAGGGCUCAGAGGUACAGGACAGCCACAGUGCGAUUGUUAAAGACCUCUCCGAUGUCAGACACCAAGCUCAGGACAUCUACCAAAAAAUCGACCACAGCAUGUCGGAGUUUCUGCAGUACCAGGACCAGACCUCACAGUACUACACUGACCUGAUGAACAAACUGGAGCGCAUGAACAGCACCCUGGGAUUCAUGCUGCACUACCUCGAUAACAUGCAGAGCCGGAUUGAGGAAAGGCUUCACAUGAUCCAGGGCUACCUCGGCUGGGCAGGUUUGAGCCUGACAGCCAUGUGGACGUGCAUUGCACACACCGGUUACUUCGUGCUGUGCGCCGUCCUGCUGACGUUCCUGCGCUGUCCAGGUUUCACUCGCGCGAUGCUGCUGCUCACCGUGCCGCUUAAUGCCGUGGCCGAGGUCAACCAGCAGCCAGCGCUGGACCUCACCAGCCUCAGCCUGCUGCUGUUCACUCUGUCACUGGGUCAUUGGUUUGUCAAUCAGUUGUGGACCAGCUUCCAGACGAGAGGAAAACCAGCCGCCCCGCUGCCGCUGGCCCCGUGUCACAUUGUGGAGCCACAGAAGCCGGAAGUUUCAUCCCACCACUCGUAUCCGCCGUCCUCGACACCGCAGAGAGAUGAGAAGGACGACUUCGACGUUUUGAAUCAGGACAGCUUUGUAUCAGGUGACUUUGGCAUCUCGGCAGUGUCUCCCCCUCACAGGAAGCUGAUGCCAGAGUCCAGGUUUGUGCCUAACAUCUGCACAUCCAAUCACUCGACUCCCCGGCUGGUGCCACAGCCACUUUUUUCAGCGGCUCUGGUUGAUGACAUCCCUCUGAGGAACCUGGGAGGCGUUUUUGACGCAGUGAACGACUCGCGUGACUUUGUGAAUGAUUCGCGAAGUGCAAGUCCUACUCCGUCACUGGUCAGCAACAGCUCUCUAUCAGGCCGUCAGCUGUGCAAUGGCAUCACAAAAACAGGCAAGGCCUGUAAGAAGAGAGCCGGGCCAGGACAGGAGUACUGCAGAUUUCACGAAGGAGGGCACAGCUCCUACGUCCACACCUGAAAUACUCACGCUUCCAACUUUUACUUAAUUUUUCUUGCAGAGCAAAAGAAACUGUUAACUGUGAUUGUGUCAUUGUGCAUCCUGCUUGCUUCGCUUGAACAUUAUGUUCGUUAAAUGAGCACUAUGCAUGCAGAUUUUUAAAGUAUUUUAUAUGUUUAGUGGCAUGUUUUUAACUGUUCACUUUUUAAGUUAAUAAAUUAUUUCUUUACCUA